GGUUUUACAGAUACUUUGUUGGCUAGUAUUUUUCUGACAUUAAAUUGUCCUUAGGAGGAAACUGUACAAGUGUGAACGAUGGUAUUGAAAUUCAAAUCAAUUUGCCGACUGUAAUAGAUUGCUGUUUAUAGGCUGGUGUUAUCUUAUAACAUUGAUUAAUCACCAUGAUGGCCAUGGACGUAUCACAAAGACCUGCAACAGUAUCAUUUGGAACUGAGGUGAUUCUUGGACGACGAAAAUCACGUGCGUUCAGCAUCAGCCAACAGGACACAAGAGAUACAGAAACUUUCAGACGACAAUCGUAUAAAUAUCAGUUUCCAAACCCAGCAUUAGAAGCUGACAAAAGAGACUUCGAUUUGUCAGAAAUACAAGAAAGUGAUAUAAGACGACAUGUAUUUGGAACACCAGUAGAGGAAAUGGAGUUUGUUGGAUCCGACAAUACAGUUAGGCGACCAACAGUAUCUAGUGCACGCCGUUCUGUCCUUUGGUCACGUGAUCGACGACUUUAUGAAGACAGACAUCGCCAAGAUGUGGAGGAAUUUAGAGAGCAACCGUACAUGAGACAUGAAUAUCCAACAUUAAGGAAACAUUAUCCCGGUACAUGGAGACUAGCGUCGAGAGAUGAACUCCAAGCCACAACAGAGCGGUUGACAAGUGUUCCUGCUCCGACAUCUGCAAGCAUGAAUUUGCAUAAAUUUCAAUGUUUCCUGCACAACGUAUUGGAAGUAGAGGCACAGACGCGGAAUCGUGAGCUAAGAUCAUGCCUUCGCAGAAGACCUAGGACAUCUGUAAUAUAAGAGCACCCAGCGACAUGUAGAAUAUCUGUUUUUUAUACCGCGAGAAUUAAUCAUAAUAUUUGCUUUAACAUUCACAAUAGUGGUGAACACUAAUGAUUAAUAUUUUCAGUUUCCGAAAUCGUAAAAACUAUAUACGAAAUCCUUCAACGUAAUAUUAAA